GUGGCCGCGGGGCCGCCGCUCGCCGCGCCUGGAUGCGCCCCCCGCCACCGCGCCCGCGGCUCCCAUGGCGGUGGCACGGAAAAUCAAAACUUUGUUGACGGUGAACAUCUUGGUCUUCGUGGGCAUCAUCCUCUUCUCCGUCUACUGCAGGAUCCAGGACCGCUCGCAGGAGCUGGUGCAGAUCGUCCGGAGCGCGGAGCGCCGGGCCAGGAGCCGCGGCGCCAAGGUGGGCAGCCUGGCCGACAGGGAGUCCAUCCUGCAGCGCCUGGACCACCUGGAGGAAGUGGUCUACAACCAGCUCAAUGGUUUGGCAAAGCCCAUGGGAUUAGUUGAAGGUCCAGGAGGCUUGGGCCAGGGGGGAAUGGCUGCUACCCUGAGAGAUGAUAGCCAUGAAUCAGAGACUAAGUAUGAAGAAUAUGGUUACAAUGCCCAACUCAGUGACAGGAUAUCACUGGACAGGUCCAUCCCUGACUACAGACCAAAAAAGUGCAAGCAGAUGAGCUACCCAGACGACCUGCCCCAAAUCUCCGUGGUGUUCAUAUUCGUGAACGAGGCCCUGUCUGUCAUCCUGCGCUCUGUGCACAGCGUGGUGAACCACACCCCAUCCCACCUGCUCAAGGAGAUCAUCCUGGUGGAUGACAACAGUGACAACGUUGAGCUGAAGUUUAACCUGGACCAGUAUGUCCACAAGAGGUACCCGGGGCUGGUGAAGAUCGUGCGGAACAGCAAGCGCGAGGGGCUGAUCCGGGCCAGGAUCCAGGGCUGGAAGGCAGCAACCUCUGCUGUGGUCGGGUUCUUCGAUGCCCACGUGGAGUUCAACACUGGCUGGGUGGAGCCCGCGCUGACGCGGAUCAAGGAGGAUCGCAAGCGGAUCAUCCUGCCCGCCAUCGACAACAUCAAGUACAACACCUUCGAGGUGCAGCAGUACGCCAACGCCGCCCACGGCUACAACUGGGGGCUCUGGUGCAUGUACAUCAUCCCCCCCCAGGACUGGCUGGAUAAAGGGGACGAGUCAGCCCCCAUCAGGACACCAGCCAUGAUUGGAUGCUCUUUCGUGGUGGACCGAGAGUAUUUUGGUGAGAUUGGCCUGCUUGACCCUGGCAUGGAGGUUUAUGGAGGAGAAAACAUUGAAUUAGGCAUGAGGGUGAGUAACAGCAAAGAGACCUUGUGCAGUGUCCAUGUGCUGGGGAGCUGUGGCCCAGCAGAGUUGCUGUCUGACUGA